AUGGUGUGGGUUUUUAUCAUGAACCGAAUGAGCUCCCAGAGCAGUUCAUCCACUCAGCGUAGGCGAAUGGCUCUAGGAAUUGUCAUUCUUCUCCUUGUUGACGUGAUAUGGGUUGCCUCUUCAGAACUCACUUCUUAUGUUUUUACAAAGUACAACAAACCUUUUUUCAGUACAUUUGCAAAAACAUCCAUGUUUGUUCUAUACCUCUUUGGAUUUAUUGUUUGGAAACCAUGGAGGCAACAGUGUACUCGUGGGUUUCGUGGAAGGCAUGCAGCUUUUUUUGCAGAUGCUGAAGGUUAUUUUGCUGCUUGUACAACAGAUAACACCAUAAACAGUUCUCUGAGUGAACCUUUAUAUGUUCCUGUAAAGUUUCAUGAUUUGCCAACUGAAAAAAAUGGCAGUAAUAAUAGUGAUGCAGAGAAAACUCCCAAAAAGCCUCGUGUAAGGUUCAGUAACAUCAUGGAGAUUCGACAACUUCCAUCGAGCCAUGCAUUGGAAGCAAAGUUGUCUCGCAUGUCAUAUCCAACAGUUAAGGAGCAGGAAUCAAUAUUAAAAACUGUAGGAAAACUCACUGCAACUCAAGUAGCAAAAAUUAGCUUUUUCUUUUGCUUUGUGUGGUUCUUGGCAAAUUUCUCUUACCAAGAAGCUCUGUCAGAUACCCAAGUUGCCAUAGUUAAUAUCUUGUCUUCAACCUCUGGACUUUUUACGUUAAUCUUAGCUGCAGUCUUUCCCAGUAACAGUGGAGAUAGGUUUACCCUAUCCAAAUUAUUAGCUGUUAUUUUAAGCAUUGGUGGUGUGGUACUUGUUAACCUUUCUGGAUCGGAGAAAUCUGCUGGAAAAGAUACAAUAGGUUCCCUUUGGUCUCUUGUAGGAGCAAUGCUGUAUGCUGUGUACAUAGUAAUGAUAAAAAGGAAAGUAGAUAGAGAAGAUAAACUUGACAUACCAAUGUUCUUUGGUUUUGUAGGGCUGUUUAACCUGUUGCUGCUGUGGCCAGGGUUUUUCCUGCUUCACUAUACUGGGUUUGAAGCAUUUGAGUUUCCCAAUAAACUGAUAUGGAUGUGCAUUGUCAUUAAUGGCCUUAUCGGAACAGUUCUGUCAGAGUUCCUCUGGCUGUGGGGCUGCUUUCUUACCUCAUCACUGAUAGGCACACUUGCGCUAAGCCUUACAAUACCUCUGUCCAUAAUAGCUGACAUGUGCAUGCAAAAGGUGCAGUUUUCCUGGUUAUUUUUUGCAGGGGCAGUCCCUGUAUUUUUUUCUUUUUUCAUUGCAACUCUCUUGUGUCACUAUAACAACUGGGAUCCAGUGAUGGUGGGAAUCAGAAGAAUUUUUGCCUUUAUUUGUAGAAAACAUCGAAUUCAGAGAAUGCCGGAAGAAAGUGAGCAGUGUGAGAGUCUCAUUCCUAUGCAUAGUGUUUCGCAAGAUGGAGACAAUUGCUGUUCAUAGACAAAAGUUUAAAAAUGGAAUGAUGCCCAGCGAAGAGACAAUCUUCUGGAAAAGUCCCUAAGGAAUCAUGUUUCAGUGCCUAUUCUGAAUUCAUAGUAAAAAUAAGAAGUUUCAGUUCUUUUGAAACUCUAAACUUUUCCUCUUUCUUGCUUUCAUCUGGUUUUAUAAGUGAACAAAUUUACUACAUGCCUAUCACCAUAGGGAGUCUUAGUCCAUCUGAGCAACCAACCUGCCUUAUUACACUGAGCUGGUGUGUACUUGACAAAAUCAAGAAAACAAA